AUGCCGGGCCAGUGGCCCGAGGCAUGGCAAGCCAUCUGGUCGGAGAACAUCGAAAGCUAUAGUCACGUUGCGCUCCUCACGCUGGUCGUGUAUGAUUACUGUCGAAUGUAUAUGGGCAAGUUCGCGCUUGUACCCCUAGCUGCCGGUGCUCACACUUCAGCGUCCCAAGUAGAAACGGAAGUGGUCGUUGACGACCGCGUUGUACAUCAUAGUCUGUUAUUUUGGGAUGUUCGCAGUCGUGGCAUCAAUGUAUCUUAGUGCUCAGUUUUUCCAUGGAGAUGACCGGUGAAGUCUCCGGCUUUAUCUGGCCUAUCAAGUUGUCGGUCUAUUUGUUAUUGCCGCUCUUCAAGACUGUGCUCUAUAUCCUCUUGGGCCUCUUCAUCCUCGAACAAAUCACCAUCGUGACCACCAUUUCGGUUUUGUAUGCGAUGAAGGACAAUAUUUCCAGUAUCGAUCUCAGCCUCGGUGGCGUGUAUGAAUGCAACAUCUCCGACUCGGCGCCGAUGUUCGUCUGGAUGAACCUGACCAAUUGCAUUGCCGUCGCCGUCUUUGAGGUCGUCAUGGUCUCCAUGGCGCUGCACCGAAUCUGGCUUCAUCUAGAGCUCGUUCGUAACGACAGGCGCAACCUGAAGAUGAGCGCGAGCGCCGAAUCAAGCUCGUGGACGGCACUCUUCAAGAAUCUGCUGGCGGUCGUGAUCAGGGAUAACAUUCUGUACUUUGUGCUGAUCUUUGUAUUUGAUGGGAUUAAGGCAGCCACACUCGAUCCGUCUCCGGCUGUGCAAGGGAUAACGGUGUCCGCAACCGUCUUCGAAAGCGCCGUCGCGUUCAUGCAGGGCUUCCUCGUGUGCAUGAUCGGGCCGUACCUCGUGCUCAGCCUCCGGAAGCAUCACGCAGUGUCAUACGUGUGCUCACAGUCCGGAGAGCAGACGGAGGACGCGCAGUCAAACGUGACUACGAUGCGGUUCCGCGAGCGGGACGCAGAAUCGCUAUCAUUGACGGAGGCGGUAUAGAAUCCAUGGAUCGCAUUGUCAGUGUCUAUUGAUGUACAUGAUUC